AUCGAGAUAAACAAUAUGAACAAGCCUUAGUUUACUAAACUAAAUACAAUACAAAUAAAUAAAGUUAUAACAAUUAAAUAUGACGCUCGAUUUGGAUGCGCAAAAGAAAGAUGAGAAGCUGUUGCUUGCCACCAUACAACAGGAAUAUAAAAUCCUCGCCGAAUAUAAAAUGAUCGAGUCGGAAAAGCUCUCGGGUAUCUAUGUUAUACCAAGCUAUGCUAAUUCAUUGCAAUGGUUUGGUGUAUUCUUUGGGCGGCAUGGCUUUUAUGAAAAAAGUGUUUUCCGUUUUUCCAUAUUGUUGUCAGAUGGAUUUCCCGACGACAAAAGUGUUCCAGCCAUUGUUUUUCAACACAAUGUAGUUCAUCCACUUGUUUGCCCCUACACUUACAGUCUGGAUCUUAGCCACGCAUUUCACGAAUGGCGUCCUGCCGAAGAUCAUCUCUGGCAGGUGCUGAAGUAUAUGCAGGCAAUAUUCGCUGAUCCAUUAGAGAGCAUUCGCAAUGUUUCCACUGUUCAUGAGCGAAGCAAUGCAGAGAUCAUCAAGUUGUUAAACAAUAAUCGGGAUGCAUAUGCUGCUCUCGUUCAGGAGAGCAUAUUGGAGAGCAAGGCUCAUAUUUAUGACAAUCCACACACAGAGGAUCCACACUAUAUUAUAUUCGAAAAGUUUCAAGAUGACAUACACGGACCUGUUCUAGAACAAAUACGCCAAAAUAGAGCAACGGUUGGCUCAACUGAAAGUGGGGGCGGAGGCGGUGCUGCAACAGGCUUAUCAUGGGUUAAAUUUAAAGAAGGAGAGUUUAAGCCACUGAGUAUUGAGUAGUUAUAAUGCUAUAUAUAUGCACCAAUUAAAUAAUAAUAUAUUCUGUUAACAA